UGUCCUGCGCUCCUCUCUGAUUGGCCCAUAUGUCAAAGUCUUUGUGCUCGUGAAGACAUCGAGGCGACAGCAGGGAAAAAAACAGCUGGAUCAGCUAGCGGUUCCGCUGGCUCCUCCAGCCCCAACACCGGCUCAUUCCUCCGGGUUCCCACCCUGACUUCGAUACGCUGGUUCUGAUUCUGAUGAUGAGGUGGAAACAUGGAGGCUCCUGAAUACCUGGACCUGGAUGAGAUCGACUUCUCCGAUGACUCAGUGUAUUCUGUCUCAUCACUGAAGAACAUCCCAGAACUGUCCAGAAGGAGCGAUGGCCCGGCAGAGGAGAGACCAGCUCCGGCCAUCAACUGGAGCCGCGGCGUUCCCUCCCACAGCGGCGGGGGGAUCAAACCCACGGGCCUGGCCGAGGUCCACAGCAAGUUCCGACCGGUGAAGAGGGUCUCCCCCCUGAAGCACCAGCCCGAAACCACAGAGUCGGACUCGGACGGGAAGAACCAGAACCAGGGUCCGGUUCUGGAGCAGAGCGAGGUCGGUAAGGACGAGUCCGGCUCUGAGAAGCAGACCGGCGCCUCCACGCUGUGCGACGGGAAGGCGAAGGUCGGCGGCAACGCUCAGGCUCUGUUCGGGGAGCUGGAGCACUACGACCUGGACAUGGACGAGAUUCUGGACGUGCCGUACAUCAAGUCCAGCCAGCAGAUGUCCACGCUGCCGCGGGUCCCACACGACAGGCGGUCCGCGGCGGGGGGCGGCGCCGCCGGGGGAACCCUGGAGAGGAACCGAGGAGGAGGAGGAGGGAUGAAGAGCUCCACUCUGACCCACAACGAGCCUCUGAGCCUGGGCAGCAGCAGCAGCCAGACCCCGUUCUGCGUUCUGUCCCCGGUGAAGUGGUCGGACCUCAGGAAGUCCAAGUCCAUGGACCCGGACCUCCACCACCUGCACCGCUCCCCGGGAGGAGGCGGCGGCGGCGGCGGCUGCCAGGCGGAGCCGCCGCCGGCCGGCCUCCUCAGCUCCUCCUCUCUCUCCUCCUUCUCUGACGCAGACAAGCUGCUGUCGGCGCGCGUCUUCUCGGACCCCCAGAGCCAGCGGUCGGGGGCGGAACCUCCUGGGGGGCUGGCGUUCCCCCUGGCAGGGUGCAUUGUGGGUAAACCGGACGCCUCCAAACCCUGGACUCCUGGAGGAGGAGGAGCGAGGGGAGAGCUGGACGAGGAGACGAAGAGGAACCAGAACAUCAUCAACAUCGUCAGGGAGGGGCAGAUCUCCCUGCUGCCUCACCUGGCGGCCGACAACCUGGAGCUGAUCAGAGACGAGGACGGGAACAACCUGCUGCACGCCGCCGCCUCCCAGGGCCACGCCGACUGCCUGCAGCACCUCACCUCCCUGAUGGGCGAGGACGGCCUCAACGAGCGCAACAGCCUGCAGCUCACCCCCGCCGGCCUGGGGGUAAAGAACGGCCAUCUGGAGUGUGUGAGGUGGAUGGUGAGUGAGACGGAGGCCAUCGCCGAGCUGAGCUGCACCAGAGAGCAUCCCAGUUUGAUCCACUAUGCUGCUCGAUACGGACAGGAGAAGGUUCUGCUGUGGCUGCUGCAGUUCAUGCAGGAACAGGCCAUCUCCCUGGACGAAGUGGACCAGAACGGAAACACGGCCGUCCACGUGGCGGCGCAGUACGGACACCUCACCUGUAUCCAGACUCUGGUGGAGUACGGAUCCAACGUGACGAUCCAGAACCAGCAGGGGGAGCGGCCGUCGCAGAGCGCCGAGCGGCAGGGACACACCACCUGCGCCCGCUACCUGGUGGUGGUGGAGACCUGCAUGUCGCUGGCCUCGCAGGUCGUCAAGCUCACCAAGCAGCUCAACGAACAAACUGCAGAGAGGAUCAACCUGCAGAAACACCUGCAGAGGCUGAUGGAGCCCAGCAAGGCUGAGGGGACGCCGUCCAGGUCACCUAGUUCCCAUCAGCCCCUGGUGGAGGCGUGUCCAGAGCUGCUGCUGACGGCCGAGGCGGCGCCUGGCGACGGACACUGGCUGGUCCGGCAGGGGGGCGUGGCUUCAGACUCGGUGCUGCGGCAGCUUCUGGGGAAAGAUGGCGACGGCGUCAGAGAGAGGCUGCAGCCGGGGGCCGGCCAGGGCAGAGAGGGCCCCGGCACCGCGGGGGCCCCGGGGGCCCACAGGACCGGCCUGCUGGAGAGGAGGGAGCUGAAACUGGCCAGACUCAAACAGAUCAUGCAGCGCUCUCUGAGUGAGUCCGACUCCGAGGGCUACCCGCCGGAGGAGGGGCGGAACCAGGCCGCGCUGCGACCCGAUAGGCCGACCCACCUGCCAAUCACAGAGGAGGAGCCGGCGUCCAACCACCUCCAUCAGGUGAUGAGGAAGCACCUCCCCUCCUCGUCCUCGACUGAGAGGAAGCUGGCCUUUUCUCUCAGCGGGUCAAAGUCUGUGGACAGCAUCGGCUACACGCCGUCGCCUACGUCCAGCGACCCGGACGCCACGGAAACCAGAACCCCGGAAACCCCCGCCGCCGACGGCCAGAAGGUCGCCACCAGCCCCAAGAGCGCCCUGAAGUCGCCGUCGUCCCGCAGGAAGACCUCCCAGAACCUGAAGCUCCGGGUCACCUUCGACGAGCAGGUCCACAAGAGCUCGUCCAAUCAGGAGCCAGAACCCAGCCGGGCGCCGCCGGGCAAGGACAGGACUGCAGCCGCCAGCUCAGAGGGCAAGAGGUCGUUUGGGACGUUCCGCUCCAUCAUGGAGACGCUGAGCGGGAACUCCAACCACAGCAACAACAACGGCAACGGCGGCGGCGGUCCGGUUAAACCGUCAGCCUAUCAGAACUCACCUGGCAGGAAGUCCGUCGGGGGCGGAGCCAAAGGCAAGAGCCGAGUCAGCAACGUCUGACCGGCCUGAAGCAGACGAGGCACAGAACAUGAGAACCAAUCAGAUGUAAAUAUUUAGGUUUUCAUGGAAACUGAUCAACACAUAAAAAUAAAAAAUAAUAAUUAAUUUGAGAACAAAAUGAUUGUAGCUCAUAAUAAACGGAUCAUUUUCCUGUUAAAUCAUCCGACUUUAAAGGGAUCCAGAACUAAUAGGCAGAUCUAACAUGGAGGGAGCUAACACCCUUAGCUAAAUCUGACAAUGUUAGCUAGCACCAUGAACUGGAGCUAAUACCGUUAGCUGGAGCUAAAACAUUAGCAGGAGUUAAUACCGUUAGCUGGAGCUAAUACCGUUAGCUGGAGCUAAAACAUUAGCUGGAGCUAAAACAUUAGCAGGAGCUAAUACCGUUAGCUGGAGCUAAAACAUUAGCAGGAGCUAAAACAUUAGCUGGAGCUAAAACAUUAGCAGGAGCUAAUACCGUUAGCUGGAGCUAAAACAUUAGCAGGAGCUAAAACAUUAGCUGGAGCUAAAACAUUAGCAGGAGCUAAUACCGUUAGCUGGAGCUAAAACAUUAGCAGGAGCUAAUACCGUUAGCUGGAGCUAAUACCGUUAGCUGGAGCUAAUACCGUUAGCUGGAGCUAAUACCGUUAGCUGGAGCUAAAACAUUAGCUGGAGCUAAUACCGUUAGCAGUAGUCAAAGUGAAAUCAAAACAAAUUGUAAGUUAAUGAAUGGAUGUUUAAAGUGACGAUCAUCUUUAUUAGAACAAAUUGUUCUAAUUGAUCAGAGAAAUGUUCUGAUCGCGUCGCUAACCGUAAUCAGCCUGCGUCAGGAACCUGGUUUCUCUGAUUAGCAUUUCCAAGCAGCAUCACAAACAGCAGCUUUCUUGUUGACAUGUUCUUGAGUUUUUCACAAUAACCUCUUCAUUAUGAAGCAGUUAAUCCUGACGGGUCGGUCCCGACCCAAUCCUCCAGAAACAGUUCUAGGUUUGUCCAAAGAAUUUCAUUUCUGAUCCAUCUGUCCAGACCGAACCGUCAGAUUUUUGUUUUCAGCUCUGAGUGAAAGAACCCAGUUGGUUCUGAACCGGUUCUGAACAUCUCAGGUUGUCAGAGGUCCAAAUUCAGGGCUGAUGGUCAAACUUCUGGUUCUGGAUGACCAGAGGAUCCAGAUUUUUAGUCUGGAUUUGGACCCCAAACCUUUCAGUGCCUUUUAAGCCAACAGGACUUCCAGGCGGCUGCUGAUCCGGUUUCCUGGUUCUGGUCGGGAUUCUGGAUGAGAUGCUGCGUCUGCUUUCCUUCUCUUUUUCUACAGUGUUUUAUUAUAAUCUUUAAAUCAGUUUCUUCAUGAAACAAAUCGUUGUGGAGAUCUGUAAUGAAAUCCUUUACGGCUGAUUCUGACUCUGGGUUUCAGUCUGAUCCGGUCUGCUGGUUCCCUCCUGCCUCUAAACCUUUUAAUAAUCUCCAUUUAGACACUUUUAGUUUAAAUGUUUGGAUUUUACAAUAACUUCCAAUCAUUAUAAAAUAAUUGUAAGUUACCGUUACUGAAGUUAUUAUUAUACAGGAGGAAAUGUUCAAUAAAAGUGACCCGAGGACGGAGCCUUGAGGAACCCCACGUUUAAUUUACCUAAAGAAAAAAACACUCCCCGUUUCACUGCUGGAUGUUCUGGACCAUAUUUAGAGUAAAGCCAGAUUCCAGGCGGCUGGAUGAAUCUUUCUCACACAAAUUGUUCAUUUUCAACACUUUUGUUUCAUUUUCACGUCUCGGUUUUGUGUUGAAGGUUCUCAUGUUCUUUGCCUCAACUCUUCAACCUUUUUAAACUUUUCAUAGACAAACUAUUUUUUCAGAUCUGCCUGUAUUUGUGAUGAGUCUGAACACUUCAGAUCAUUUUUGGUUCAUUUUCACUGGGAAACGUUUGAACCGAUUCCUGUUUGUUUCCUGAACGCCACUACAGACAAAGUAUUUAUGUUUCUGCCACAGUGUUACGGUUCAAAAUGAAAUGUUUUAAUCACGCACCAGCACAACAAAUACUACACAAAACCCACUGUAUAUAUUUUAUUAGUAUUUAAAUUGUUUACGUUAUAUUCCACGUUUUAUUUCUUUCUUAUCUAUGCAGUAUUUUUGGCAUGAGGUAGACGUUAGAUGACGGGGAGGUUUGAAGAAGCACCUUCUACAUUUUUAUCUGCAUGAGGUUUGAAGUGAGAGGAAAAUGUUUUCUGCAGCUCGAUCGAUCUGAUGAACAACUCCAGGAGUCUGAUUCUGGAUUUUUAAAGUUUCUGUUUGGCACCAAAGUUAUUAAAUGAUCUCCUUCAGUGAGUCCAGUUGGUUUACAUUCAAAGUGCUGAAACCUUCAGCCACAUUUCUGAGCUUCACCUGGAUUUUCAGGUUAUUUUUACAGAUCUAGCGCCCCCUGGUGAGAACUAGGGGAUGUAGCUUCUCAUAGUUCAGCCUCUGUUUUCCAUUUUGUCCCAUCCACAUCCUGGGUUAAAGGUCGGCGCUGUGAGCUUCUGCUGUGCAGUUGGCUCCUUCAUGACCUCAGCACCACUUUAAGAGGACGUCUGUCUGUUUCCAGAAAUCUCUCCUGAUUCUGGUUGUUUUUUUGUAAGUUAAAGUUUAUUUUGGGAUCAAGUUCUGACAAAAACAUUUUCAGAUGAUUGCAGAAAAACUCCAAACUGACUGUUGGCAAAAAGAAAAGCCCUGAACCUUGUUGAAUGAAGGAGUCUGUGGUCACUGAUCUGAGGUCGGGUUCAUUUCUCUACCCAGCGUUUUCAGAGUGUGGAGGGUUUCACACAAACUGAAAUAAACUUUUAUUUCUGGACUUUUA